AUCUGUGAAUGAUCACAGAGGUCACAUGGUACAAGGCUAUUCACAACAGCCUUGUACCAUGUGACAAGCUGUGACCAAUCACAGCUCACUCAGUAGUUCUCAAUGACUGCACGAUCGUCGUCCGUGCGAGGUCCCGUUCAUGUGAUCACUGAUAGGCCAAUCAGUGAUCACAUGCAGAGUAGUAAGCAAGAUGUCACUUGUGACAUCAUUGCUUACUACGUGUGAAAUCUGUGAAUGAUCACAGAGGUCACAUGGUACAAGGCUAUUCACAACAGCCUUGUACCAUGUGACAAGCUGUG